AUGGAACAGCAGGAUCCUGAUACUCCAUCCACUCCCUCUGCCGUCCACCGUGAUACUGAACACCGAUCGACUCGCCAGUCCCCCGCGCCAUCAUCCUCGACGUUUUCGCUUACACCAGCUGCCCAGCGUCGAACCUCGAGCCCCUUCUCCCGUCCGACAACACCGGCAACGCCUGCUCCGAGCACAAUAUCAUCGAAUCGAAGUUCCUUGUCUACUUCCGAACCCACUCUACGGUUUCCUCGCCCCCAAGGCAAUCGGCAUCUCGCCAACUGGAUAUCGUCCAGUAAUCCAGACAUCAUGCGUAUCACCACCACCACUGAGGACACUGGCUUGUCCGAGUCCACUUAUGAACUAAUCUCGGGCACCGAUACCGAGUCUCAGGAUGGAAACUACACCGAGUCUAUCAGCGAGUCUGUCGGGUCCCUCGACGUGCACUACCCCGAAGACGUCCAUAGCCUAGCCGGCACUGAGCAGACGUACGAUGACGAAUCUCUUGCCGAUGAGAACGAACCCCCCGCUUUACAAUCCGUACAAGAGCCGCUUGUUAUGUCUGUGUCUGAAUCUAUGGACAUCAACGAGAUUCCACAAGCAGAGCAAAGCUGGGCCUCAGUCGUCAAGAAUGGCCCGCUUCCUGAGGUAGAGGCUGAAAUCGAGGCAGAAGAAGAGCCCGAGCUUGAGCCUGAUACCAAAGCUGAGCCUGAGUCUGAGUCGGAGGAUGAAGCUCGAUCUCGAAGCUCUCUUGAGUAUACUCAACAAAGUCUCAAAACCCCAUCGAUCCCUAGCCCCGACGCUAGCAUGACUGAAGACAGCCAGAAGCCGUCUCCUGAUGAUGUCCAAGAGCAGGCAGAGAGCCAGCGAGCGCGAUUCAACAAAUGGUUGAAUGAAGUUCAGCCCCAUACGAUCCGUCCCCGGGAGGCAAUGAUCAAAUUCGCCAAAUCUAUCCUCCCCGCGGUCCUCGCCAUUGUCUUGAUGUCGUUGAUCCGCACCUGCUACACUCCACUAUCGAAAGAAGUAGUACCCCACAUACCCGCAGCCACCUCCGCUGUCACAACUCACCCCACUCUGUUGACUUCAAGCUAUACUUCAUUGCCAACAUUGGCGGUUCUUUCAACAUCAGCGGGACCUACAGGUCUUGUCCCUCUUGAGAAUCUCGGACCUGAUGAGUGGCUCUGGGGUGCCAAGAAGCCCGAGGUGACUGUCACCAGACAGCGAGGUGGAUUUUUAAUCCACAUGCCUCGAAGUGCUAAGAAACUAUGGCUUGAUCGUGACUGUCUCAAGUUCGACGCCAAGCGAGGUGACCAAUCUGUUGGAUUUGGUACCUCAUCUGUCGACGAAGGCAUUCUUCUCAAGAUUCCCAAGGAGGAAGCCCAUGGAACAAUCAAGAUUGACAUUUUCACUACUUGUCGACCCAAGGUUCACAAGGUCCUUCGUAUCACAUUCCAGAAGGGUAUCAUCUCAGAGGCUUUAGACUCGACCUGGGCCUUUGCACAAUACUUCCCAGAACUUGUCCCCGCUGCUGCUCAAGAGGCAGAGCGGUGUCUUGAGGAAGCCAAACGCUCCCUGGGAACAGCCUCUGACAACUUCAUGAAUACAUCUGACAGCGUCUUCAAGAACUUGGAACACAGAUUCCACAAGGCCCACCGAUCUUUGAGCUGGAUCAAGACCGAUAUCAGAGACCGUGCCAAGAUUGCGACAGAGGGCAUCUCGAGGCAACUGGAGGCAGUUGUGGGCGACGUCAAGCUGUACAUGCCUGACACGCAAGCGAUGCAACAACAGGCAAAGUUGGAGUUGCUGAAUGCUCAGAUCCAAGCUAGGCUCUGGUGGAUCAAGUACACCGCAGGAGAGAAAGAGUAUACUCGCUACCAAUGUGCGGCCAAGAAGUUCAUGGCCAAGAAGCUUGCAAAUGACAGGAAGCUUCGAAAGACAACCAACAAGAUCAGUAAGACGUCUGGUUUCGAGCAAUUCUUCCGUGCUUGGUCCGUAAAGAACCGUCGAGACACAGGAGAGGGACAGAGGGUAUAG